AUGGCGACACUCCCAACACUUUCUACCACUUCAAUCCCCAAGAUUCUAUCCAGAAAACCCGAAUUAUUUGAAACCCAAAAUAGGGAUUUUGUCAAGAAAAUCCCACAUUCAUUUGCUUUGAGAAUCGGUGUAGACUACUGCAAAAUUAGGUCAACAAGAUUGUAUGCUGGGCUUUCAGAAAUAGAGCCGGACUUGAAUGAAGAUCCAGUGGACAGGUGGAGGACCAAUGGAAUUGAUUCUGAAGAUUUUAAGUAUGGGAAGUAUGAUGACCAUCAUACUUACUAUGAAGGUGAUGAUGAAAAAGGGACAUUUUGGGGAUCAAUUGCAGAAGAUUAUGCUGCAGUUGGACCUCCUACAGGAUUCCAGGGUUUUAUCUCGUGGCUAUUCCUUCCAUCUAUUGCUGCAGGAAUGUACUUCAAUGUUCCGGGGGAAUACUUGUACAUUGGUGCAGCCAUUUUUACUGUCAUAUUUUGCAUAAUUGAGAUGGAUAAGCCAAGUGAACCUCACAACUUCGAACCUCAGAUUUACAAUAUGGAGAGAGGAGCUCGUGACAAGUUGAUAGCCGAUUACAACACCAUGGACAUAUGGGAUUUCAAUGAGAAGUACGGGGACCUUUGGGAUUUCACUGUAAAGAAGGAUGACAUCAUGAAGAGAUAA